GGUUCCAAGAUAAAAGCCCUGAGAGCAAAAACGAACACGUACAUAAAGACGCCAGUUCGUGGCGAGGACCCCAUCUUCGUGGUGACCGGCAGGCCCGAUGACGUCAUGGCCGCCAAGAUGGAAAUUCUCUCCGUGGCCGAACACUUCGACAACGUUGUUGCCCUCAAUAAAAUUAGACCGGAAAUGCUCAACGAUGACCCGUCGGGGUCAGCUAAUCACGUGACCGUCAAAGUCAGAGUUCCGUAUAGAGUAGUGGGGCUGUUAGUCGGACCGAAGGGGGCCACCAUAAAACGGAUACAACUGGACUCCCAGACGUACAUUGUUACUCCGAGUCGAGAUAAGGAGCCGAUAUUUGAGAUCACCGGCACACCUGAAAACGUUGAGAGAGCCAAAGUGGAGAUAGAAGGCUACAUAGCUCUGAGGACGGGA